AUGGCGGAUGUUAUGAAUGUUGGUGUGAAUUUAGAAGCUUUUUCUCAAGCGAUUAACGCUAUUCAGGCUCUUAGGUCCAGUGUGACCAGAGUUUUCGACUCACUGAAAGAUGGGAUGAAGAAUAAGGAAACCCUUGAAGGACGCGAAAAGGCGUUUAUCGCCGAGUUUCAGGACAAUUUGCAGUCAGUGAACCGCGACUUAACUGAGUUGGAGCGACUCAGCAAUCUGGUUGGAAGGCCGUCAGAGAGCCAUCCCUUACAUAAUAGUGGCCUACUGAGCUUAGAUCCAGUGCAAGACAAGACCCCUCUGUACAGCCAGCUUCUCCAGGCUUACAAAUGGUCCAACAAGUUGCAGUAUCAUGCUGGCCUGGCCUCCAGCCUCCUUAACCAGCAGUCUCUCAAGCGCUCGGCCAAUCAGAUAGGAGCAUCGGCGAAGAGGAGGCCGAAAGUCCAGCCCAGCACCCUCGUCCUGCCCAUCCAGUAUGUGGACGACGUGAUAUCCAGAAUUGGUCGCAUGUUUCCAGACAUGUCCAUCGAGCUGUUCCGGCCCAACGGUACAUCAGCCGUGCUUCUGGUGACAUUGGGGAAGGUGCUAAAAGCCAUCGUGGUGAUGAGGAGUCUGUUCAUCGACCGCACCAUCGUCAGGGGAUACCACGAAAAUGUCCACUCCGAGGAUGGAAAGCUGGACAUCUGGUCAAAAUCCAACUAUCAAGUAUUUCAAAAGGUGACAGACCAUGCCACUACGGCCCUGCUGCACUACCAGCUGCCCCAGAUGCCUGAUGUGGUGGUGCGCUCUUUCAUGACAUGGCUCAGGAGCUACAUCAAGCUUUUUCAAACUCCGUGCCAGCGCUGUGGCAAAUUCCUGCAGGAUGGCCUCCCGCCCACCUGGAGGGACUUCCGCACCCUCGAGGCCUUUCACGACACUUGCAGGCAGUGAGGCGCCCCAGCACGCAAGGGAAUACACCCUACAGGAGCGGUCACACUACCUGCUGGACUGCAAUCAAUAGUUGGACACAAGAAAUGGGAUGCAGAAUUAUGACUGUAAUGUGCAUUGUGUCCAUUAAAAUGGCUUAGUUUUAAAAAUUCUUCAUGCAAGUUUGGCCAGUGCACUGCAGUUUGGGUGCAUUUACUGAAGGUUCAGGUAUUUGUCCUACAGUACAGUCUUUUCUUUAUGCUGAACUUACUGAAAGAUCAUUUUUUUCUUGCAUUAAUUCUUGGUAGCUGUCCAAGCCUUUGGUUUACUGGGUGUGCUUCUUCACUGGGAAGGACUUGUGUUCGCUAUCAUGAGUAAACAUUAACUCCAGGCAUACGUUUGUGCUGCGCACACAUCUAUAGUUUCCCAAACUUGCAGAAACUGGUGUCCUACUUAUUUUUCCCCCGUUAGUUUCAUAGCUUUUUACCUAAAAGUACAUUAUGCUGCACUGAAGUACUCCAAACCAAGUCAUGCAGCACUCUUUUGUUGUUGUUGUUUGUGAGCGGUAUUGUAGUUCCAUUUAUAAAGAAAAGUUCUUCAAUAUUUUAUGAUACACCCUUGAAAUGUUAGAGAUCUGUUAUUUUAUAAUAACACAAACUGCUACAACUAGGUUAUAACCUCAGUGUAUUCUGUAAGUGUUGGCUCUUUCUACGACUCAAUAGAACUUCUUUUGAUACAAUAAAAUUCAAAGUAUGAUUUCUA